CAGACCAACAUAAAUAUGUUGUAAGAUGGAUGGAAUCAACAAGUACUCAUAGUGCUCUCAAAAAUAAGGAUGUGAGUAUGAAGAAAAAAAUUGGUGAGGCAUGAGCUCACUCAAAAAUAAUAUAAGUGAAGAGUGUAUAGAAGUUCAUGAUUUGCUUUCGAGUUCAAAGAAAAUAUAUAACGUGGACACCGGACAUUCAUUAAAACAAGUGCAGUUUCAUUUCGCAACCCAGUCAUUAGUGACAUCCGCAAACAAAUUAGAGCAAUGAAAUUUUUGCGUUUCCUUAACCAAAAUCUCAAUCAAGUUAUUCAAAGUAUAAGUAUCCACAAUGAAGCAAGGAGGAGCACCUAUGGUCUCAUCUUUCUAUACAAGAGACAUGUUUCUACAGUUCCCAGAAGAUCUCUUUGUAAAGAAGAUGACUCAAUUUUGCCAGUUUUAAUCGUGGGUGCUGGUCCUGUUGGUUUAGUUCUAUCCAUUCUUCUCACCAAAUUAGGUGUGGGAUGUGCCAUAUUAGAGAAGAGCAAAGCUUUUUCUUCACAUCCUCAAGCUCACUUCAUCAACAACAGGACCAUGGAGGUUUUUCGCAAACUAGAUGGUUUGGCUGAGGAGAUCCAGAAAUUUCAACCGCCUGUAGAUUUGUGGAGAAAGUUCAUAUAUUGCACAUCCCUUUCUGGUUCUGUACUUGGCUCAGUUGACCAUAUGCAGCCUCAAGAUUUUGAGCAAAUUGUCAGCCCAGUCACUGUUGCUCAUUUUUCUCAGUACAAGUUAAUCAAGUUACUUUUGAAGAAACUAGAAAAUCUUGAUUUCAAAAUUCAUGAAGGUGAUAGAGUUGUUAGAGACAAAGAGAUUAUGAUGGGCCACGAAUGUCUGUCCUUUUCAGUGACUGAUGAUUGUAUUGAUGUAACCUGUUCUUUUCAUAAGAAGGGACAGACAUUGAAGAAGGAUAUCCGGUGUGGUUUUCUCGUUGGCACAGAUGGUGCGGGAAGUUUAGUGAGGAAGCUUGCUGGAAUUGAGAUGCAAGGUGAAAAUGAUAUGCAAAAGUUAGUUAGUGUGCAUUUUAUUAGCAAAGGUUUGGGAAGAUAUCUACUCAAGGAAAAACCAGGCAUGCUUUUCUUCAUAUUCAACACAGAAGCCAUUGGGGUUCUCGUUGCUCAUGAUCUUCAGCAAGGUGAAUUUGUACUGCAGGUACCAUAUUAUCCUCCUCAGCAGAAUCUCGAUGAUUUUACUCCCAAGAGGUGUGAAGAUUUAAUUUUUAAAUUGGUUGGUCAUGAGCUUGAAGAUGUCGCUGUAAUUGAUAUUAAGCCUUGGGUAAUGCAUGCUGAAGUUGCUGAAAAAUUCUCGUCCUUCAACAACCGAAUCCUUCUAGCUGGUGAUGCUGCUCAUCGUUUCCCGCCUGCCGGUGGUUUUGGCAUGAAUACAGGAAUUCAAGAUGCUCACAAUCUUGCCUGGAAGCUGGCAGCAGUAGUCAAUAGUAUAGCUCCUACCAGGCUUCUGAACACAUAUGAAACAGAACGGAAACCGAUUGCAUUAUCCAAUACUGCACUCAGUGUACAGAACUUUAAAGCAGCCAUGGAAGUCCCCGCUGCACUUGGGCUUGACCCUACUAUUGCAAAUUCAGUUCAUCGUGUAAUUAAUGAUGGUCUUGGCUCAAUUUUACCAUCUAGAGUUCAGAGAGUGAUUUUGGAUGGUAUAUUUAGUAUAGGCCUAUCACAACUUUCAAAAACUAUUUUGAAUGAGAAAAAUCCGCUUGGCCUGUCAAGGCUUGCCCAAUUGAAGCGUAUUUUUGAAGAAGGAAAGAGUCUGCAACUUCAAUUUCCUGCCGAAGAUCUUGGUUUCAGAUACAAAGAGGGAGCUCUUGUAUCAGGAAGAAGCCUCACUCAUGAUGCUGACAAUGUUCCCACUGGCCGUCGGAGGGAUUACGUUCCAUCUUCUGAACCCGGUUCACGACUUCCUCAUAUGAAACUGAGAUCAUUAUCAAGUGUCUCUAACAAGGAUGUGUUUUCAACACUAGACGUUGUAUUGGGAGAUAAACUUGAAUUUGCUCUCAUAAUCGCACCAAUCGAGUCAUCUUACAAUCUAGCUCAUGCAAUGGUUAAGGUGGUUGAGAAGUACAAAAUUUGUGUCAAGGUUUGCGUAAUUUGGCCAAACAACCGUGCUAACGACUCUGCUCGGUGCUAUGAGGAGACUUAUUUAAACGUUGUAGAGGUGAAGAAAUCACCAACUUCUUCAUCAUGGUGGGAUUUAUGUGGGAUGAGUGAUAAAGGAGCCAUUCUUGUGAGGCCUGAUGAGCAUAUUGCUUGGCGUGCGAGAUCAGAAGUUCGAUACCCGAGUUAUGAAAUGGAUCGAGUUUUUUCUGUUGUUUUGGGACAUACAAAGGAAAUAUGAGAACUUUUUUGUUGCAUAGCAAGAUUAAAGGAUGUCAGCUAUAGUAUAUACAAUAUUGAAGAACUAUUAAUUAGAUUUUUAGAAGUUGAAAAGAAACUUGUACAUAUAUAUACCAUAAAUUUAUUGAAAUGUUCGAAUUAUCAAUUUGAUUUCCCCCUUUUUUUCU